AUGAGCCAGAUGGAGCGAUCAGAGACGGAGGAGAGGCGCGAUGCCGAGACGCUGGCGGGCCUGGCCAACGCCCCCAGCACCAGCGGUGGGAACGAAGACCGGCCCAGCAGCUCGGGCCUCAAGCGCAAGACCAAGACGCGCAAACCCUACACCAUCACAAAGCAGCGAGAGAAGUGGACUGAUCAGGAACAUGCGCGCUUCUUGGACGCCCUGCGCAUGUAUGGCCGGGCGUGGAGGAGGAUAGAGGAGCACAUCGGGUCGAAAACCGCGGUGCAGAUCAGGAGUCAUGCCCAGAAGUUCUUCUCGAAGCUGGAGAAGCAGGAGAUGUCGGGGGCCAAAGGCGAAGGGCUGCCGGACAGCAUCAUCAACAUUCCGCCGCCCCGCCCCAAGCGCAAGCCCUCGCACCCCUACCCCCGCAAGCCAUUCUCCGGGAUCGGCAGCUACGAUGGAGCGGGAACCACAGAGGGCGCGGGGUCGCAGGAUCAGAUGCCGGCGCAUGCGCGGAUGCCGGACUACUCACAUCUGGCGCCCAAGCUCAAGGGCAACGAGCGCCUGGACGUCGCCGUUGCGGCCGUCACCCAGGCCGCCUCGGCCGCCGCGGCCGCGGCCGCUGCCGCGGUCAUUUCUGCGGCCGGGGAGCACAUCAGGGCGCACAUGCAGGCAUGCCCGCCUCAGUGCUUCCCCUUCUAUGGCCUUGCGCCGUCCAUGCUCGCUCAGCUGAGCCUGCAGCAGCUCAGCCCACAGGGCGCGCUGCAGGGCUCGCAGUCCUCGAUGCUGCCGCAGUACUCCGCCUUCAAUCUGGCUGCGCAGACGGCGCCGCCGGCGGUCGGGCGGCCGGGCGCCUUUAGCAAGCUGCAGCGCAGCGAGUUCUCUGGCACCAGCGCCGACCCCUUGUCGGCCCCUGUACCCGUGCGCGCCAUUGGGCGCACAAAUGUUGAUGGCAGCGAUGGCAACAGUGCUUGCUCUCGGGAGGACCCACUUGCGGAGGAUGGCCGUCUGCCAGGAGACACAGGAGCCACGUCGCGCCAGGGCAUGGGUGUCAACACGCUCAGCUCAUGGCCAUCCGGUGUGGGGCUGCAACAGCAGGCGGCGAUGCAGCAGCAGUGGUCCCCGGAAAUGCUGUCAGAGCUGUACUACAACUGGAACAACAUGACCUCGCUCUCCGCCGCUGCGGCCGGGGCGAGCGGCGGUGUUGAGGCGGCAGCCGCCACCAAGGACAGCAACUGGCGCGCAGUGGUGCAGGCGGCCGCCGCAGCGGCUUCCCAGUGGGAGGUUCAGAAGCUGUCUGGCCUCCAGCACCGCGACAGCGGGAUGGGCCAGACGCAAAGCGUCUCUGCGCAGGCAAUGGGCAAGGACAAGACGCUUCCUGUGCAGAACAUAGCUUCGCGCAGUGCUCUCCGUGGGAACAAGGUGCACAGCCUGGAGUUGAAGGCGCGCCGUCAGGGGCUGAGCGGCUCAGAUGGCAGCGGUACCAAUGCGGCCGAGGGCCGGGUGGAUGCUGCAUGCGCCAACGUGGGCAACCCCGACGCUGGCGACGAAGACUCUCCCUCGCGCAAUUUUGACGACUCCCUGUACCAACCCCUGGGCAAGAAGGGGGCGAUGGGGUCGCUCGAUACCAACAACUCUGACCUGGACACGGGCAUGAAGGGGGAGGGCGAGCUGGCAUACCAGGUGGACGCUGAAGGAGAGGGCUCCGGCUCAAACCCUACAGGCAAUGGGGAGAGCGGCAACAACAGCAAUGGCAACUCUGGCGGCGAGGGCAAGAGGGGCAGCAACAAGGGCUCCAACUCUGGCUCUGGCAAUGACACAGACCCCUGCGACAAGGAUGUUAUUGGCACCAGCAAGGAGCCCGCCGCUGCUGCACCCCCCCAGAGUGUGAGGGAGAGCAUUGCUGGCAAUGAUGCGGGAGGCAGCGGGGGCACCAAUGGCACCGGCAGUGGCAGCGGGAAUGCCACUAGGAUCAGCAAUGGCGCGACAGUUCCAACAGGUCUGAGCAAGCGCGAGGGCAGCGAUGAAGGCUGCACAUCGCUGGAGCACCCGCAGCCGCGCGCCCACGGUGUCGGCAGCAGCGAGCCGGCCGACCCCGCCGCGGCAGCAGCCGCCGCCGCAGCAGCCGCCGCCUUCCUGGCUCAGCAACCGGCUGCGGCUGCUGCCCCCGACUUCUCCGCCCUCAACGGCGCGCAGGGCCUGAUGGACACUGCGCAAAUGGCGCAGGCGGCAUCAGCGCUGCAGCAAUCGGGCCUGGCGCCCUAUCUGCUCCAGCAGCAGUACAAUGCCCAGAUCGUGCAGCUGCAGCAGGCGGCGAUGAUGAAUUGGGGCGGCCAGAAGAUGUCAGCGUUGGACAUGUUCAGCAGCAUCAUGGGAUUCCAGGCGCUGGCUGGGCAGCAGGCUGGACACCUGCAGGCCCCCGCGCUCAGACCCCGUCCCUCCGCCAUUCCAGCUAACAGCGCUGGUGCUAGGGAGCUCCUGUCGGCGCAGUCGGGGAUGGCCUCCUUUGACGCGAUGCCGCACGCGCCCGGUAUGGUGCCGUGGGCGUCGGCCGAUGUCGGGGCCGGCCUGGCCGAUGCCGCGGCGCUGCCGACGGCCGCCUCGGGCGUCCUGCCGCGGCCCGGCAAGCCGCCCGUCGGCGCCGGCGCCGGCGCGGACUCGGUGUCCGUCAGCGGGCAUGCGCAUCAGAGCCAGGGUUUCAUGCCGUACAAGUGGCGUCACCAUCCGUUGCCGCGCGGCGUGCACCAGCUGCAGCCCGGCGGCCUGCUGUCGCUGGGCAAGCGCUCGGCCUCGGCGUCGCUGGCGGAGCCCGCGCGCAAGCGCGCCCUCAGUGGCAACCUGCCCUGA